CUUUGCACAGGUCGCCUGCACAGUAUCGACACGUUCACGGCCGUCGACGGCCACGGGAUACGCGCCAUAAUCUUUCUCCAAGGCGAGUCGUCCAAAACCUUCCAUUUUCCACCAGCCGCUCCUCACCCCGUUCCCGACGCAGGGUGUUCGAAACGGUGCGUCUUCUGUUGCAACCCUGACUCUUGGAGCCCCGCGGGUGGGACCCUUAUGACCGUCGCUCAGGUGUUCAGACAGAUUGAGACGAGCAUUCCUUACUACCUCUCCAGUGGUGGUGGGAUCACCCUCAGCGGAGGGGAGUGCCUCCUGCAACCCCGGUUCAGCAAACAGCUCUGCGUGGAGGCCAGGCGAAGGGGUCUGACGGCGGCGUUGGACACCGCGGCGACGGGCACGGAACGAGACUGGGACCAGAUCCUGCCGCACGUCGACCUCGUGCUGCUCUGCGUCAAGUCCUCCGAUCCGCGAAAACACCAACUGAUAACCGGAUCACACGACACCAGGCCGUAUUACGCCACGCUCGCGUUCCUGGCGGCGACGCAGAGGCACAAAGUUCGAACGUGGAUCCGUUUCGUGUUGAUGUCGUUCACGUUCGGUGAUAUCGCCACCGACGACGAGGCCGAGUGCAAGGGAGUGGCCGCCAUCGCCAAGGCGCACUCCAACGUGGCUGGGGUGGAGAUACUCCCGUACCACAAGUUUGGCGUCUACAAAUGGGAGGAGAUGGGACUCGCGUACCCGCUCUCGGGCAUGGAGACGCCCUCGGACGAGACGCUUACGAGGGUCACCCGUUUGUUUGAAGCUGAAGGCAUCGAGGUGAUCGUCUAA